GCGGCGCGGGACAGCGCUGCCCCGGCGCGUAGGGGACCUGCAGUUGGCAUGCGGCGGAUGCCGCGCAGCCGGGCACCGAUGAAGAAACUGAAUUUGAGAGAGGGGAAGUGACUUGGGUGCCUGACUUCAUAAAGCUGGCGCGCACCAGUGAAAGCAGCCAGUCUGAGGUAUUGAUACUAUAGAAAACACUGACAGCUUACUCCUUGUAUUGAUCCCACGCCUCUCCUCAAAUACAGACUCCGUUCCCUACCACAGCCCUCAGACAGUUCCGCCCCAGAGACAACAAGUAUGAAUACCACGGAUAACGGGGUCAACUGUCUAUGUGCGAUUUGUGGGGACAGAGCAACAGGAAAGCACUACGGGGCAUCGAGCUGUGAUGGCUGCAAGGGCUUCUUCAGGCGCAGCAUUCGGAAGAGUCACGUGUAUUCCUGCAGGUUCAGUCGCCAAUGUGUUGUUGACAAGGACAAAAGGAAUCAAUGUAGAUACUGUCGAUUAAGAAAGUGUUUUAGAGCAGGAAUGAAAAAAGAAGCCGUGCAAAAUGAGCGUGACAGAAUAAGCACCAGGAGAAGCACGUUUGAAGGCAGCAACAUUCCCUCCAUAAACACGUUGGCGCAAGCUGAAGCUCGCUCCCGACAGAUUUCAGUCCCAAGCCCUGGUACAAACACUGACAUAAAUGUUAAAAAAAUUGCAAGUAUCAGUGAUGUCUGUGAGUCUAUGAAGCAGCAGCUCCUGGUCUUGGUAGAGUGGGCCAAGUACAUCCCUGCCUUCUGUGAAUUACCGCUGGAUGAUCAGGUGGCCCUGUUGAGAGCUCACGCAGGGGAACACUUACUGCUUGGAGCUACAAAGAGAUCCAUGAUGUAUAAAGACAUUUUGCUUUUGGGAAACAAUUAUGUUAUUCACCGGAACAGCUGUGAGGUGGAGGUCAGCCGCGUGGCCAACCGGGUUCUGGAUGAGCUGGUUAGACCCUUCCAGGAAAUCCAGGUGGAUGACAAUGAGUAUGCCUGUCUGAAGGCCAUUGUGUUUUUUGAUCCAGAUGCAAAGGGGCUCAGCGACCCACUGAAAAUUAAGAAUAUGCGCUUCCAGGUGCAAAUCAGCCUGGAGGACUACAUCAAUGACCGGCAGUACGACUCCAGGGGCAGGUUCGGGGAGCUGCUGCUGCUGCUGCCCACGCUGCAGAGCAUCACCUGGCAGAUGAUUGAACAAAUUCAGUUCGUCAAACUCUUCGGCAUGGUCAAAAUCGACAACCUCCUUCAGGAAAUGUUACUGGGUGGUGCUGCCAAUGAUGGCGGCCAUGUCCAUCACCCAAUGCACCCACAUCUAUCUCAAGAUCCACUAACUGGGCAGACUGUACUUUUUGGCCCCAUGUCCACACUGGUUCACACAGAUCAGAUCUCAACUCCUGAGACCCCACUCCCUUCCCCGCCGCAAGGCUCUGGACAAGAACAGUACAAAAUCGCUGCGAACCAAGCGUCGGUUAUUUCACACCAGUCCCUCUCCAAACAAAAGCAACUGUGAGAACAUGCUGACUUCCGAGUGGCACUGCAUAAAUGUGAAUCAUGUUGGGCUUGAAUUGUCUGAGGACGGUACUCCCAGCAAUCUCAACGGAGGCGUCUUCAUGGUGCUGUUAUAUGAUGCUCUCCUAUUUUCUUGUUUGUAAACGCAUUUUGUUUAUUGUUGCUGUAGUGUACAACUUUUACAUGCAACCAAUGUAUAUUUGAGUUUGAAGUUGUAUAGUGUAUUUUUCCAACUGCCCCUACACUGUCCCCAAAUGGGUAAUAUGACAGAUGGAUCUUAUGUACGACUUUAAUUUGUUUGCAUAAUAUUAAUUUAAAUCUGUAAAUAAUUGCUUUAUUGUGGUAUGAUGCAGAACUAAGUAUUCUUUUUAGUUAAGAAUGAUCAAAAAUGUUAGUUAAUACAAAAAUCAUCCAAAGUUUUUUUUAAAAAAAAUAAAUUCUAAGCUUGAAGAUUAGAAAAGGAAAGCAGCGACUGUAGAACAGAGUGCAUUUCUUUGAGAAAGAAUCACUUCAGGGCGUUCUAUGGCCCACAGUUAAAUAUGCCUAUAUUAAAUUCAGAAAACGAGAAAACACCAUUGCAAGGAUGACUGGAAGUUCUUUGAAAGUUGUAUUUGAAGCUGUAUGCUGGGGUACAACACACUCUUUCUUUCAAUUAGGAUACAAAUCAAAGUAUAACAAAUCCUAAACUGGCUGAAUCAAAAGGGACAUCUCUCUCUCUCUCUCUCUCUCUCUCUCUCUCUCUCUCUCUCUCUCCCCUCCCUCCCCCAGUCCAGUCAUUGUUUACCAGGGAAGCUGGGGCUGUCUUUCUACCUGGACCUGUGUCAGCUCAAGCUGUGCAGCUGUGGGAGAAUGACACUGAGGAACAAGUCAUCCACUGCAGCUGUGCCUCAAUAUUUCAUCCUCACAACACCCCUGUGGAAGAAGCAUUAAUUUCUCUCUUCAAUUAAUAAAGAAACCACUGAUUUGAGGGUUUAAAGACUAUUUCCAAAGUUCAUAAACCUAGAGUAAAUCAGCCAGUGCAAACCAAGCUCUGGUUGGCUUUAAUGAGAUUAUAUCUUUGGAGUAUUUCAGAAAGAAAUACAUGGCACGUCUUUGAGCAUUUACAGUGGGCUGAAGAUGCAAUAACAUAUGUCAUAUUUGUAAAUAUAAGCAAUGAGUGCAAAAUUGUUGCAGUAUUUGCAAUGUGAGUUAGAGACCAAUUUUAUACUUUUCACAAGUCUCCUUAAAAUACUAAAGAAAAUAAAAAGUUCAAUGUCUUAGGAGGCAUUAAAAAAUUUAUCAGCAUAGGAAUAUAUUGAACAUCUAAUUUUAAACUGGGGAGCAUAGUUCAUUGUAGCUCAAAUACUUGAUGUUGCCCAUAGCUGGAGUUUAUUUUUAAAAAGUUAAUUAUUGGCUACCCUCAAGAACCAUUAAUGCCUGCCUCUCUUUCUCUCUCUUUCUCGCUCUUUCCUCUCUUCACCCCUCCUUCUCUCCUUCCAUCCUUCCUUUGUGUGUUUACUGAAAUAGGAAACUGGUUGAAUAUAUAGAUGUAUAUAUUUUAUAUGAAUAUAUAGAAUUGAAUAUUUUAAUAUAUGUCAAAGAAAAAAAUAUUUCAAAAUGUAAGAUUUUAAAUUAAAAAUUUUCAGAGCUCCUCACAGUUUCUUAAAUUAUGAGUUAUAACUCCCACCUACAUUUACAAAUAAAAAUAUUAGGUUGGUGUUAACUAACUUUGCUUUUAAAUUGAAACUGAAAUCUUACAGUGGAAAUGUGAAAGCUGUCAGUGGCUUAACAGAAGCAAUCAUCUUUUCUCAAAUGUCAUCCUUGUGAAACUGUAAAAUGUAUCAUUGGUGGAGGGAGGGAAGAAGGAAUGGGGAGGAAAAGAAACAGAAACAGCAGAAGAGGCAAAGCGAGAGGAAAGUUUAUUAACUCUUAUUGUCUUGAAAAUUUGUUUGGUGUGUUUCAUGAAAUAGGAAAAUUUUCAAAUUUUACAAAUGCAACUAUCUUCUAUAGGUUUUUGUUUACUGGUUUAAUGUUAUUCCCACAGAAGAUAUUAAAAACAGUCCAUUUAGGCAACUAUAACAAAAUGCCAUAAAUUGGGAAAAUUAUAAACAACAGAAAUGUAUUUCUCUAGCUGUGCAUGUUGGGAAGCCAAGAGCAAGGCACUAGCAGAUUCUGUCUCUGAUUUAUACAUGGUGUCUUGUUAACAGUGUUCGUGGGAGUCUUUUUUAAUAACACUGUUCUCAUAACAUAGGCUCCACACUCAGGACCUCGUCACUUCCCUGCAUUCCCACCUCUGCAUAUCAUCAGACUGGUGGCUAAGCUUCAACAUGAAUAACGGGGCACAUGGGCAUUCAGGCCUUAGAAAAUAACUUUAAAAUGUAAAAUGUGAAGUAUAUUUUUGGUGAAUAAUUUAGCCACAAAAAUUUAGCAAGCAAAUAUGUUUGAGAAAUUAUUAACUAAUAAUUUUGUCUUAAUAACUAUGGUCAGGGAAUUUGUACUAUAGUAUUUUUAUAUAUGAGAACUGCCAAAAGAUUCUGGAUAAAAAAAUUGAUGUUUUCAGGAUAUUUUCAGAAUAUUGUUAAAGAAAGUUAUUACUUUUAUAUAAUACACAU